UAUGGUUUGAAAACUGAAAUAUAGUGACGAUGUCGUUUCAGAGUUGAUGACUUUAUUUCGCUUCUUUAACAGCUCUCCUACCCUCCUCGCAAGAAAUUGGCGGCAACCAUUGACGGAAUCGUUAAUCUUCGAACGAGAAUAUGGGUGUUCACGGUCUUUGGGAUCUGUUAUCUCCCGUUGGUCGUCGUGUCUCAGUUGAAACCCUCGCCGGCAAAAGACUCGCGAUUGAUGCGAGCAUAUGGAUGAUACAGUUCAUGAAGGCGAUGCGAGAUGAACGCGGAGAGAUGGUGAGGAAUGCGCAUAUAUUAGGGUUUUUCCGACGAAUUUGCAAGCUAUUGUUUCUUCGUACCAAACCAGUCUUUGUUUUUGAUGGUGCCACGCCUGCUUUAAAACGGAGAACCGUAAUUGCACGUCGCCGUCAGCGUGAGAAUGCUCAAACUAAAAUCCGAAAAACUGCUGAAAAGUUGCUUCUUAAUCAUCUCAAGGCAAUGCGGCUGCAAGAACUGGCAAAUGAUUUGGAGAACCAGAGAAAACAAAACGGGGAUAAGGGCAAAGGGGUGAUCACAGACAAAGCUGACCUUGCUGGGACUACUUCAAAAACGAAUCCACCAGAUACAAAAGGUUUUGAUCAAGAAGCUUUAGAUGCUAUGUUGGCAGCAUCCAUUGAGGCGGGGGAAAACGGAGGUAUCAUAGGUGAUGCAUCAACAUCUAGUGCUGGGGUUCUUGCAGAAGAUGAAGAUGAAGAUGACGAUGAAGAAAUGUUACUUCCAACACUUAAUAGAAAAGUUGAUCCUGCUGUUUUAGCUUCUUUACCACCAUCUAUGCAACUUGAUCUUCUUGGUCAAAUGAGAGAGAGGUUGAUGGCAGAAAACAGACAGAAGUAUCAAAAAGUCAAGAAAGCCCCUGCAAGAUUUUCCGAAUUGCAAAUAGAGUCUUAUCUUAAAACAGUUGCCUUCCGUAGGGAGAUACAUGAAGUCCAGAAAGCAGCUGGUGGGACAGGAAUUGGUGGCGUUCAGACUUCACGAAUAGCAUCCGAAGCAAAUAGAGAAUUUAUAUUUUCAUCUUCUUUUACUGGGGAUAGGCAAUCUCUUGCAUCUGUUGGAGUGGAGGCAAACAACAAUGUGAAAAGCCAGAUGUCAACACAGCAUUCGUCUACAGGUUCUGUGAAUGGUGUUGAGUCAACUAAUAAGUCAAACAGCACAAUCGAGUCUUUCAUUAAUGAACCCAGAAAGGGAUUUAGUGAAGAUGUUGAGACAUAUAGAGAUGAUAGGGGAAGAAUACGGGUUAGCAAGGUGAGAGCUAUGGGAAUUCGUAUGACUCGUGAUCUACAAAGGAACUUGGAUCUAAUAAAAGAGAUUGAACAUGAUAAAGCUAAACCAGUUGGAAUGUUUAAUGACAGAAUUACCCCUUGUAAAGAAACAGAAUUCCCAAGUGAACUUCUUGAAAAAUCAAACCUUUCCAGUCCUUCAUAUCAGGAUCCAUUUGUUUUCCCCAACAAAACAAACUUGGAAACUGUCCCAGUUAAUGGAACUUCAUUAGAGGUGUCUUUUGAGUAUGAUAAAGAGCAGCAAUUUGUAGACAGUGAUGAUGAUGUAUUUGCUAGUAUUGUGGCUGAUAAUAGAUCUUCACCAAAGCAACCUGUUAUAAACCUUUCAGAUGGUGAAUGGGAAGAGGGAAUGCCUGGAAAUUUAAAAGGAGAGAAACCUGCUGAUUGUUGUGGUGAUGAAAGUGAAGUGGAAUGGGAGGAAGGACCUUCUGGUAAUUUUGUGUUGGGCUCUGUAAGUGAAGUUGAACACAAGGAAACUGAAGUAGAAUGGGAGGAAGGACCUUCUGGUAAUUUUGAGUUGGGCUCUGUAUGUGAAGUUGAACACAAGGAAACUGUUUCAAAAGGUGAGUUACUGGAGGAAGCAGAUUUUCAGGAAGCAAUUAAACGUAGUAUGGAUGAUAUGAGGUGUGCGAAAGAUAUUGAUACAUCAUCAUCAUCAUCACCUGAAGAGUUUCAAGAUGACAAAACAAUAGAUGCCCAUGAUUCUCCCACUGCACAGUUGGAGACAACUACCUUAAAUGAUCCAAAUAUGAUCAAAGUUCAGAUGACAACAAAAUGUCUCCCUGAAGUUUCCAAUAAAGAUGCGAGUGAUGAUUGUAAUUUUCAAGGAGAAACUGGACAUGUGGAUAUAGUGAAUCCAACCAAAGAAAGUGGAGUUGAAUUGAGUAAUGAGCAGCAUGAGGAUAAUUCUAGAGACGAUGAUGAUGUCACUAUAGUUGAUGGUCAACAACAUGAGAAGGAUCCCGAGGGAAGGGAUAGUAAUGCUUCUUAUGAGCAAAGGAACGAUGAUGUCAGCAAUUUUGUUUUGAGUGACAUGAUUGAAAUCACAAAGGCUAAUUUGGAGGAGGAAAUGACAAAUUUAACCAAGGAGCGUACGGAUCUGGGUGAUGAACAAAGAAGGCUUGAGCGCAAUGCAGAGUCUGUGAGUGGCGAAAUGUUUACAGAAUGCCAGGAACUUCUUCAAAUGUUUGGUUUGCCAUAUAUCAUAGCUCCAAUGGAGGCUGAAGCUCAAUGUGCAUACAUGGAACUCGAAAACCUUGUUGAUGGUGUGGUUACUGAUGACUCUGAUGUGUUAUUGUUUGGGGCACGAAGUGUUUACAAAAACAUAUUUGAUGAUAGAAAAUAUGUGGAGACAUACUUUAUGAAGGACAUUGAAACAGAGCUUGGGUUACCACGAGAAAAGUUAAUCCGCAUGGCAAUGCUCCUUGGGAGUGAUUACACAGAAGGUAUCAGUGGAAUUGGAAUUGUCAAUGCUGUUGAAGUCCUGAAUGCGUUUCCUGAGGAAGAUGGUCUUCAUAAGUUUCGUGAGUGGAUAGAAUCACCAGAUCCAAGUAUCCUUGGGAAGGUUGGUGGUAAAAGGGCGAAACGGUCAAAUGGUAAUGCUGGAGAAGCAGAUCAAAAUGUUUCAAAGCCUGAUGAUGACAUGGACAUGAUGAAGCAGAUCUUCAUGGAAAAGCAUAGAAACGUGAGCAAAAACUGGCAUAUUCCUUCUACUUUUCCAAGUGAUGCAGUGAUAUCUGCAUAUGCAUCUCCACAAGUAGACAAAUCAACAGAGCCAUUUUCAUGGGGAAAGCCGGAUCUUUUUGUUCUUCGCAAAUUAUGUUUUGAAAAGUUUGGAUGGGGUACCCAGAAGGCAGAUGAGUUGCUACAACCUGUUCUAAAGGAGUACAACAAACACGAGACUCAAUUGCGAUUGGAAGCAUUUUACACUUUCAAUGAGAGAUUUGCAAAAAUUCGUAGCAAGAGGAUAAGUAAAGCUGUGAAGGGAAUAGCAGGGAGCAAAGCAUCAAAGUUGAUAGAUGAAAAUGAGGAAGAUAAACCCAGUAGAAAGAAGAGAAAGAAAGUGAAGCUUGAAGAGGGUAAAGAUGAUAUAGAAACAGAUCAGCUUCCAAUUCAAGAGGAACACAGAAAGAACAUCAAAGGGUCAGGUGUAAGAGGCAGAGGGAGAGGAAGAGGUCAAUCAGUAAGGAAAAAUGAGAACAAUUUGGAACAAUCUGGAACAAGUUCUGAUGAUGGAAACAAUAGUGACUACAUGCAAGAAACACAUGAUGAACAUUCAACAGGACAGCAUGAAAUACGAAGGUCAAAACGUGUUAGGAAGUCGGUGAUACCCAUGAACAAUGAAGACUCUGAAAUGGAUGAGCCUAGAACACAAGAAGAUGUUGGAAAUGUAGUAGAGCCUUCAAAGGAGGAAGAGACCUUGGUCACAUUAUCAGUUGAUGAGGCUGAACUGGUUAAAGAUUGGUGUCAAAAUGAUGAAAACACCCCUGAGGCGGAAUUAUCUAACGAGUACCUUAAAAUGGGGGGUGGGUUUUGCUUGGAUGAGGACGAGGGAGAUAAGGAGCCUGGAGAAUCUGCUUGCAGCCCAACUCAAGUAUUGAAUGAACCAUCCCAUGAAGUAGGGGCAGAAGCAUCCAUUAGCCAAAAUGUGUCACAGGUGAACAUUGAAGAAGAUGAAGAUGAGAUGAGACCUGUAAGUUUCUUGUCUGGUAUACCUAACUUGAGGAGAAAGAGAAAGAAAGUAUGAGCCAUGAGUUUAUUGUAAUUUUAGUCAAAACAUUGACAUUGGAAGUACAAACACUAAAUUACAUAACGAAAAAAAAAAAAAUCAAGUGAUUCCGACUUUACAUGUGUGAGUUAUGAACAUUUUAAAAACGGGACAGAUUCCAAAAAAUAAAAAC